ACUCCUGAGGUUGGUGCCAGGCCCUGCUGAGGAUGAGGCUGUCCAGAGCCUUCGCUUGGCCGCUGCUGUGCAGUAUAGCCACAACUGUUACAGCUCCAUUUGCCACAGCACCCAGUGACUGUGGGGGCCACUACACGGAUGAAUAUGGCAGGAUCUUCAACUACGUUGGGCCGAAAACUGAAUGUGUCUGGAUCAUCGAGUUGAACCCUGGGGAUAUAGUCACGGUGGCCAUUCCAAACCUCAAAGGAUUUGCAUGUGGCAAAGAGUACGUGGAAGUGCUGGAUGGACCUCCAGGGUCUGAGUCCUUGGGCAGGAUUUGUAAAGCCUUCAGUACAUUCUAUUACUCUUCUUCCAACAUCAUCACCAUCAAGUACUCCAGAGAACCCAGUCAUCCACCCACCUUCUUUGAAAUAUAUUACUUUGUUGACGCUUGGUCAACACAUUAAUAGGUAGGUCGGGGGAAGAGGCACCUGCUGAUGCUCCCCUGCUCUGCCUGAGCCUGGUUCUGCAUCUGUUGUGCAGAGGCUACACCUGGGACUGCAGAAAUAAGAUUGAGUCAUAGUUCUCCUGGACCAGCAUUGGGUGAGGGAGAGGGACUGUGACCCUGUGACCCUUCCAGAAAAAGAUACGGGUUCUGUCUCAGCAUUUCUGUACACCCACAUCUUUGGUGUUAGAAGAUCAUAUGUGAAAACUUUGUUUCCUGUCUUCUUGAUAUAGAAGUGUGUAUCUCUGAGAAGCCAUCUUUCUCUCUAUUGAUCUUAUUAUAUGCCCUGUAGCAUUUUCUAGUGUAUUUCUGCAAAGUGAGUAGUAUAUGAACUAUAUACUAUAAGGAAUGUAUAAUAUACAUAUUCUAUAUGAAUAUAUAAUCCUAGAAAAUAUAUAUAAACAAG